AUGUUUUGUUAUAGAUCAUCUACCACUUAUAAUUGUUUAAGGGAGCAAGAUAUAUUGCCCCUCCCUUGUCCAAGGACUAUAAGAAAAUAUUUAUCUUUGAUAAGUAUUGAGUGUGGAUUCGACAAAAAAUUUUUUCAACUGUUGAAAAAAAGAGUAGGUGUACUUACAAAUGAACAAAAACACGGAAUGCUAGUUUUUGAUGAGAUAUUUUUGAGGGAGAGUUUUAAUGUUAAUUCUCAGACAUUAACAUAUAAUGGUUUGGAAGAUUUUGGCGGUGAAAUAGAUUCCUCGGGGUUAAAAGCCAACCAUGCAUUGGUUUUUAUGUUUCAAAGUCUGGCUUUAAAUUUUAGGCAGUCAAUAGCAGUCUUUGCAUCAAGAGGACCCGUAAAAGGUACUUAA